AUGCGUAUCUACCUUCAAGUCCCAAACUUGAAAACGGAGUUCCGAACCCCUCAUCGCCGCGCAGAACAGGCGAUUGCAUCACCAACGCAUUUAGAGAUUGAGUCACUCAAAAAACUUCAGCUUAUGGGCUCUACCGUAGCACCGAAACUCCUCGCCGAGAAGGUUCCCGGGGAGAGCUUCGACAUCAACUGGUUCUGGGGGCUCUCAGAUAAGUCGCGUGCUGAUAUUCGUUUGAAGUUCAAGGCGCUCUAUAGUGAGAUUCUAGCGUUUCGCAUUCAGAUUUUCCCCCCAGUGCCAUCGAAAAUCAUCUAUGACUUUGAGACUGGUACCAUGCACCUUGGGGUCUUGUAA